UCUUCAAACAAGUAGUUCUAUUCCGAGUAACUCUACCCAGCCUCGCUCAGAAUACAUGGACCUAACAGAAGCAACUACAGUCAAUGACCAAACACAACGUGUUGCUCAAAGUGCUGAUUACGCGCCUCUUCAUCCAACAACACGUUCUUGGGAAGUUGAAAAGCAACACGUGACUAUAGAAAAGAUAAUUGGUAAAGGUGCUUUUGGUCAGGUUGCCAAGGCAACGGCAACAGGGCUUCGAGGCAGGCCUGGAAAGACGACAGUUGCUGUUAAAAUGCUUAAAAGUAAGAAAUAUGUUGCCACAGGAUAUAACGUUACNCAACUCAAACCACAUCCUCACGUCAUUAAACUACUGGGAUGUGUCACAGAAACUGAGCCUCUAAUGGUGAUAAUUGAGUAUGUACCUUAUGGAGACUUGCUGGGAUAUCUGAGAAAGAGCCGUGGAUUAAACGACACUUAUUACAAAGACCCGGAUAUCAAACCACAAACAAGUCUGACGUCACAACAGCUGAUGAAGGUUGCUUGGCAAAUCGCUGAUGGCAUGAGUUACCUUUCUUCAAAAUCUGUAUGUUAAACUGAUAUGUUAACAAUCUUUUAGCCCCACUUUCCAUAAUCAGGUGUUCGAAAAAUCUCUUCACAACAGAAAUCACGAAAUUAACGAAACGGCUUCUACUAAAGGGAAAAUUAAAGCCCAGUGUGCAACAAACUUUUGUUAUGAAGUAUUGAAACAAUACCGGAUUUCCCUGCAUUUAAAGCGUUGUUUAUGUUAUUUUAUUCCUUAUACCUCACUAGUUCUUAUGGCGUUUAGUGUCCAUGUUAGUUUAAGACUUAAUAAAUAG